AUGCCAUCUGUAAUUGAGAAUAUUGGUGACAUCAGAAGCAGUGUGGUCACAGAAGUACCCGCUGGGACAACAGUGGUCCUGAACUGUGACAGCAAUGAUUAUAACCAUAAUUUUAUGUUCUGGCUUUUUGACAAAAAUAAAGUUAUAGGACCAGGGAAUGAAUAUGAUGAGAGAAAAUAUAAAUAUGAAGUUUUAUCCGGAAAAUUGCAUAUUGAUAGUGUGUCGCCUACCGAGUCUGGAUACUACAAAUGUGUGUCUAAAAACCUAGAUGGAUCUGGCAUCACAGUGGGUGAAGUCGAAAUGAUAGUCAAGGGUUCUUCUUUCACAACAACAGAUGCUAUUAAGCUAACUGCCAUAAUAGUAUCUAUCCUCAUAUUAAUUAUCUGCACAGUUAUUUAUAGCAGACUAAGAAAGGAAUGGAACAAGUAUGAUGGACGCACUGUUGUACCAGUGGAAGAAGAUGAAGAGGAAGGUGAUGAAAUUUAUAACAAAACCACAACAGCUAUAAGUCAACCAGUCCCUGGACCAAGUAGGAACCCAUCAUCAGAACAUCUUUUAUAUGGUAUUGAUAAUCAGGGUUUAGAUACAGAUUUUAAUUCAGUCUUUGAAAACAUUCAAAUAAAAUCACCAAGUGCUAGUCUAAUUUAA